AUGGAGCCCCCAGUUGCCGAUUCCACAUCCAUCCAAGGCGCCCACAAAAAGGCCCUUCACGGAAAAAAAUCGAUAGCAAAGUAUCCAAAGGUUGUCGAUUCACCAGCAUACGAUGCGUCUGAAGAAGACAAUGAUCCGUUGACGGAUGACGGCGCUUCAGCUAUAUCUCUACCGACACCCUCUCGCUUUCCAAAUUCUGCAAAAUUAAACAGUACCUCCAAGGGGUCAGUUGCUCGUGCCAAGCACCAUUUGGCUUCCAGCUUCCUAUCCGACUCGGACGGCGUCGAUUCCCCAACCUACGAUGGCGACAUAGAAUCCAGUACAACAGCAGGUCCAGAUAUCGUUUCCUCGUCAAAGACAUCCCAUCAUCACCACGCCUCGUCUACUUCUACCCUGAAUACUCCAAUUACCCCUGCUUUUCCACAUCCUGCGGACCUUCAUGCUGGAACUACAGAUCCAGCAUUGGUGUCACGAACGCACAGGGCUGAUAUCGCUUCGCCAGUCUUCAUAACUAGUCCCUCCAUACCUUUGCAGGUCCCGGAAGAGCCCCCAGUACCCGCAGCAUCCCAGGAAGCUUUCAAUCCAGCGGCCUUGACAGGGGAAGACAUCCAGGCUUUCGUCCAAAAGGCAGUCGAUGGUGAGACGUGGCGAAAGUAUAAAAUCAAUAAACCUCCCGUCGAUAGACCUGUCCGCAUCUAUGCCGAUGGUGUCUAUGAUCUUUUUCACUUUGGCCAUGCGCUCCAACUCCGCCAGGCUAAACUAGCUUUCCCAUCCGUCUAUUUACUCGUAGGAGUUUGCUCUGACGAACUCGUCAAGGCUCACAAAGCUCGCAGUAUCAUGGUACACGCCGAACGCAUAGAAGCAGCAAGACACUGUCGAUGGGUUGAUGAAGUCGUACCCGAGGCACCCUGGAUCAUCGAUCAAGAAUUUUUAGACAAGUAUCAAAUCGAUUACAUUGCCCACGAUGAAGACCCAUACGUCGCUGAAGGACAUGAAGACGUAUAUUCCUUUGUGAAGAGCCAGGGCAAGUUUAUUCCUACCCGAAGGACCCCCGGAGUGUCGACCUCAGAACUUUUGGAGCGAAUCGUCUCGGGAUACCGAAGACGAGACUUUGAUGCGAAACUGGUGAAGAUGGGCCACGCAGAACUGUGUGCAGAAGGUAGUGAUUACGAUGAGAUGAGCAGCAAAAGUGCUAGUCGAUCCAUGAGCCCAACUUAG